AGAACGUCAUCCAAACAGUUUGUUUUUUUUAAUCAAAUGAAAUAUUGACUAUUUUAAGCUGACUUCUUGCUGCGCGCCAUUUCCUCAUGGUGACCCCUCCCUACCCACCAAGACCCUGUAGCUUUUAUUAAGGGCGGCUGGCCUGGUAGUGACGCGCAUCACGGAAAGUUCCCGGAACAUUCUUGCGCUGCCGCGGACCACUGAGCAGUUAAAAGCCUGUAACCAAACCCAGAGUCUAUCCAGUCGGGACAACCGCUGGCAGAGGGCAUUCCCUCUGCGCCGAGCCGAGAAAGUUUCUAACGCAGCACGUUGUGUGGGAGGAAAUAUCACGAAGCAAUUUUCUUUUAAUUUGCAUUAAGAAGAAACCACACCCACUGCUGGGAUUCACUCUGAGGCUGGACACGGGAGGGAGGACAGCAUCGCGGCGCACAGACUGAUCUGAUUCCAUGCUGCGUAAAAGUUCCAACCAAUCAGAGUCGUGCGUAAAAGUUGCUUUUGGAGAACAUGCGCAGCUUUUGCGUCCCAGAGGCCGCUCAAAGUUUUCCAUCGGGAGUUGGGACUCUCCUGUCAGAACCGGCUCUGUUGCUCGCUCCCACUCCGACCUCCAGAAGGCUGACCCAUCCCGAGCCGCGGCGGGGUUUGGCGUGCUGCGGGCCUGAACUCCUGGACAGCGCUGACACAGCUGAGGAGGAGCCCAGGGUGUCUCUGGAAGCUGCUGACCUUUGGAAGCAUUUCCACACACACGGCACGGAGAUGGUCAUCACUAAAUCAGGGAGGCGCAUGUUCCCGCCGCUCAGAGCCAGGUGUACGGGCAUGAACAGGAAGGCCAAGUACAUCCUGCUGAUGGACAUCGUGGCCGCGGAUGAUUGCAGGUAUAAGUUCCACAACUCGCGCUGGACGGUGGCCGGGAAGGCGGACCCGGAGAUGCCCAGGCGCAUGUACAUCCACCCGGACAGUCCUGCCACAGGAGAACAGUGGAUGUCCAAAGCGGUGAACUUCCACAAGCUGAAACUGACCAACAACAUCUCCGACAACCAUGGAUUUACAAUUCUGAACUCGAUGCACAAAUACCAGCCGCGGUUCCACAUAGUGAAGGCCAAUGACAUCCUGAAGCUUCCGUGCAGCACCUUCAGGACCUACGUUUUCGCUGAGACGCAGUUCAUCGCCGUGACGGCGUACCAGAACGACAAGAUCACACAGCUGAAAAUUGACAACAACCCUUUUGCGAAAGGAUUCCGGGAUACGGGGAACGGACGGAGAGAGAAGAGGAAGCUCCAGCAGUCUGGACAAAGGUGCAGAGAGGCGGCGGAUGGGCAGCGUGCUCCGGUAGCUCACUGCGGUGACGUCAGGUCUUCAGGUGCGGAAAUCUUUCAGUCAGUUUGUGAGACUUUCCCUAACAGGCGCCUUUUGUUCCCACCAGAUGCUCACACGAGUGACAGCGACAAAAGCUUUAACAGUGAGGAGUGUCCCGAACCGAAGCUGUUUAGAAGUUACCAUGGAGACCAGCCGGGGACUUCCUUCACAGCAGAGACUCUGCAGGCCUCCCACCCAACAGAAAACUCAGUCAGAAGCGACGUAACGCACGGCACGCAGGACUCAGGCAGGAAGCGCUCACUCUGCAGCAGCUUUGCACCCAGCUGUGUUUACUCCCCGGACUUUAACCGACACCUGUUGGAUGUGAACGCCUCGGGCCAUCUCCUCCAUUUGACACAAGUAAACAGCUGGUACAGAUGUGCCGCUGAUGGAGGCGUGCGGUGUGGUUUCAGACCGGCAGCGCCUGCUGGGACGCCGCUGUCGGUCGUCCUCAAGCAGCACACAGGGCUCCAGGAUGUGAUGAGCUUCCCACCAUACGGAGGCUUUCUCUUCUACCCGUACUCCCCCAUGAGUUUGUCAGUCCGGCACCAGAUCCUGGUCACGCAGUCCAGACUGGAUCCCAGUUCCUCUCCCAGAGGUUCUGCACAGAGUUUAUUCUCCUCUCCGGUUUUAUCCUCAUCUGUUCCCCCAUCAAAGGAAAGCAGCGUCACCUCCUACAAGCCAGAGUUACCAGCAGGGGGAGAACUCUGACUCAGAUUCCGACUGAUCUGCUGGGACUAAACGUGAUUUGAUGUCCCAGUCCUCCGCGCCACCUGCAGCGUAGACUCAGAGGAUGGAAGAACGGCGUUCUCUUAGACGCUGCAUGAGCUGAAUGACAGUAAUCUCCUUCAUGUUCACAAUUGUUGUUUCCAUUGAUUGAUUUUCAAAUGAUCUCCGAUGCAAUAAAAAGAAAAACUAAAGAAGAAACAAAAAAAGUUUGAAAUAAAAUAUCUGGGUUGCUUGCAAACAAAAGCACCACCUACAAAAUGCAUCAGUGGACAUGUUAGCUCUGAUCUCCACAAAUAGUAACUGUUCAAGAGGGUCCCCUGUUUUUUUAGUAGCAUCUGGGUAAAUGCAAUCUAAGAUGACUAACAAUACCUCACAUGUUAUAUGUCAUAAUUUAUUAAUUAUUUAAAUCAACUAAGGCAAAAUGUGGGAACUGCGUCUGAACAUCUAAUUUCACUCUGGUUGAAAACAGUAACAACAACUUCAUUUCAUUGGCUCUGCUGUAUUACUAUGGAAACAACUCUUGAUACCAUAAUCCUGAACUCAAUGUGGUAGAAAAUGAUACGCUGAAUAUAACUGCCAGCUCUGGUAUGUAGGAUGUUUAUUUGGAAAACAAUUUUAAAUUUCUUUCUAAUAUUUUAAUACUUCGUAUUGGCCAACCAAAUGAACUUGCAGUAAGUAACAUUGAA